AUGUUAACAGUCUUUCUUCUAACAAUCAAUUCAUUACGAUUUGGUCUUCCAGUGGUAACUCUAUUUGGAACAGCACCGACUGUUAUUACUUUUUGGUUUUUAAUACGAUCGGUUACAUAUGCUCUAUUCCCACCUCAUAUUUAUCGUCGUUGUGAUGAUCAUUUAUAUUCAAUGUAUCAAAGAUUAAUACUUUUCUUCUUUCAAAAUUGGGUUAAUGUUAAAAUAUAUUUACAUGGCGAUUAUGCAGAAAUAUUCAGAAAAAAAGAAAAUGUUCUUUACAUAUCAAAUCAUCAAAGUUCAGUCGAUUGGAUUGUUUCAAAUAUGUUAGCAAUUCAUCAAGGUAGUCUUGGGCAUAUUCGAUAUGUUCUUAAAAGUGAUUUAAAAUGGAUUCCACUGUAUGGUUUUUAUUUUCAACAACAUGGCUGUAUUUAUGUUCGUCGAAAUGAUAAAGAAGAUUUAGAUCGAGUACAAAAAGGAAUGAAACAAGUUGAAUGCAAUGGUUUACCUGUUUGGUUGGUCAUUUUCCCUGAAGGUACACGAUAUAAUCCAGUUAAUAAUCAAUAUGCUAUCGAACGAUCACGUCUAUUUGCACACGAUAAAGGUUUAUCACCAUUUGAUCAUGUACUUUAUCCUCGAUCGGGCGCAACAGUAGCUGCUAUAAAAGCACUUAAACAUAAAUUAGAUGCCGUCUAUGAUAUAACUGUUAUGUAUAAUCAAACUUAUGAUAUCGAUCAAAAAAUUCGUUUAGCUGCGCCGUCAAUGUCUGAGUAUUUACAAGGUCAAACAAGUGAAUUACAUGUUGAUAUAAGACGAAUAGAAAUGAAUGAAGUUCCAAGUGAAACUGAUGAACAAAUAUCAAAUUGGCUUUAUCAACGAUUUCAUUUGAAAGACAAAUUACUAAAAAAUUUUUAUGAUUUUCAACAAUAUAAAAAAUGUGAAACGGUAGUAUUUAACUCAGAUAGAAAUGAUAAACCAAUUGAAAUUGAAUUACCAUUACGAGAAACAAUAUAUUCUUGUAUUUUUCUAACAUUAACAACAUUACCAUUUGUAUUAAGUGAACGAGGACGUUCGUUUUAUUGGAAAAUUUGGUUAUUCGGUACACCAUUAGGAUUUCUAUCGAUGCAUUUAUUUCCUUGUUCUAAUUUUCAUCCUAUAGCUAAUAAUUAA